AUGAGAAGCCCGCCCUGUGCUCCCCUCCUGUUUCUGCUCCUCUGCUCGGGAGACUCGGCUGUCAUCACUGGGGCUUGUGACAGAGAUCUGCAGUGUGGUGGAGGGAUGUGCUGUGCUGUUAGUCUCUGGAUUCAGAGCCUUCGAAUUUGUACACCGCUGGGCAUCUUUGGAGAAGACUGUCAUCCUUUCAGUCAUAAAAUUCCAUUUUGGGGAAGGAGAAUGCAUCACAGCUGUCCCUGCGCACCUAACUUGAUUUGUGUCCGGAUUUCUCCAAGCAAAUACAAAUGUUUACCAGAGUUCAAAAAUGUUAACAUCUAUUUUUAG